AUGCAACCCGAAUCGGGACACCGCAGCUCCCAUUGCUUCCCUCCAAGGAGAAACGAAUAUGUAGCAGCAGCACUCAUUCUUUCAACACUGGUACCAACCGCGACGGCCACGGUCUACCCCAGCAACCACAAGUUGUACAAAUUCGAUUAUCACCCGAAAUCACAAGGCUAUCAAGAGCCCAUACGCCCUUUGUCGAAGCGCCAGAAUCCAAUUCCAUUGAUCGUCACAAAUAGCUGUGGUGAUACCAUCUGGCCUGGGCUUGCCACACAAUCUGGCGAAGGCCCUGAAUCCAGUGGCUUUGAGUUGGGCCCCGGAGAAACGAGAAAUAUGACCGUCGGGUCAUCCUGGGCAGGCAGAGUUUGGGGCAGAACGAAUUGCACCACGGGUGACGAUACCGCAACUUGUGCGACUGGUGACUGUUUUGGCAGGUUGGAAUGCGAGUUUAGUGGACAAGUUCCCGUCACCCUCGCUGAGUUCACGCUGUCCGGUGGCGUCACUGGGAGGCAAACAUUCUACGACAUCUCGCUCGUAGACGGGUACAAUCUGCCGGUAGGCCUUGUCUACCAUCCAGCCGGCAACACAACCAAUAUUCCCCCCAACUUUGUCAACGCAGCUUGCAUAGCAACUCCGGGAUACCUGAUGGCGCCCAAUAGAACAGGGACCUAUUACACCAACUCCAGUUUUCCCAUGCCGUACGACACUUCGCAGACCAAUGGAGGUAUAGCAGAUUGGUGCCCCUGGGACCUGCAAGCUUUCCCACCCAGCAAACCAGGUGAUGGCAUAUUUCCGUAUCCCGAUGACCAAAUACAACGACCCGUGUUCGAUCCUUGCAAGAGCGCAUGCGCCUCCACCAACGACCCUAGUGCUUGCUGCACAGGCAAAUACGACGACCCGAACGUGUGCAAACGCAGUAACUAUGCCAACGCCGCCAAGACUAUCUGUCCGGAUGCGUACAGCUUUGCAUACGAUGAUCAAACGUCGACGUUCAUCAUUCCCAGCGGUGGUGGAUGGGAGGUCGUCUUCUGCCCAGAAGGACGAAGCACCGACAUUCUGUCCACGUUUGGAGCGCAGCUGCAACAAAUAGCAAGCAGUGGGCAGGUGACGGAUCAAGUCAAGGAUACGGCUAUGAACCUGACAUACAUUGAAUCCCGACCCAGCGGUGCUGCGAACCUGAAAAUGCCGAACUUGUUGGCCGGCGUAGUUGCUGCAGUUGUUGCAGUUGUUGCAGCCAUCACGCUCUAA